AUGUUUUGGAUAUUGUUUGUUUUAUUGGUAUUUCCUAGUGGUGAUUGUGUUCUUGUCGAUCAGAUCACUUCAACAACAACAACAACACCAUCAUCGUCGUCGUCAUCAUCAUCAACAUCAAUAUCAUCAACAUCAUCAACAACGUCGUCAUCGACAUCAACAUCAUCAUCAACAACAACAGUAUGUACUCAACCAUCCUGGUCACAAAAUGCUACUACUAUAUUUGGCAGUCUAGCAGGUACACCCGGUUCUAAUCUUACACUUCUUUCUGGUCCAAUCGGAAUGUAUUAUGACGGUCCUAACAAUAUGUUAAUCGUUGCGGAUUAUGGAAACAAACGUAUCCUACGAUUUUCUCUUAGUAAUUCACCUUCAGUUGCAACAGUAAUUGCUGGAGGUAAUGGCGCGGGUUGCAGUCUGAAUCAAUUUUCGGGUACUGUUGGAGUGGCUCUUGAUAGUUCUAGUCGAUUGUAUGUAGCAGAUUUCGGUUGCAAUCAAGUCGUCAGAUUUCCAUCAAGUUCAAAUUCAACGACAUCUGGAACACUUCUCGGUUCUGUAGCUCAGCCAGCAUUAAUAUCCAUAAAUCAAUUGACUAAUGAUAUCUAUGUAGUUAGCUAUACGAAUAAUGCGGUAUACAAGUUUGUUGGAGGUAGUGGAUCACCAGUGGUUGCAGCAGGUGGUAAUGGUAAUGGAAAUGCCUCAAACCAGCUUUCAGGUCCAAAUGGUGUUUACUAUGAUUAUUUAUAUACGAACUCUUUGUACGUUACUGAGAAUGGUAAUAGUCGUGUAAUGAAAUACUCAUCAGGUUCAACGAGUGCAACUAGUGGAACAGUUGUCGCCGGAGGUAAUGGAGCUGGAAGUGGAGCGAAUCAGUUGAAUAAUCCAAGAUCUAUAGUGGUCGAUAGUAAUGGAACUCUUUAUAUAGCUGAUGGAUAUAACAAUCGUAUUCAACGUUGGCUGCAAAAUGCAACUAGUGGUACUACAAUCGUUGGUGGUACAUCAGGAACAGCAGCGAAUCAACUCAAUUUUCCUGAAACAAUCCUCUUUGACAAACAUGGCAACCUAUUGGUUUCUGAUAGAUUUAAUAAUCGAAUACAAAUGUUUAGUCUAGCAACAUGCUAG